AUUUAAGAAAACUAGAAAAAGAAUAGUUAAAAUGCCAAAUACUUCAAUAAAUGGUUUAAACCAAUAAAAAAAAUCUGUUUAAUUCAGUGAAUAACAUAUUGUUCACAUUGUUGAAAAUUGGAAGGAGUUCAAUUAUUCUCCAAAAGAAAUCAAAGUCAAGGAUCGAUAAUUAAAAGUUGAAAAAAUCGUUAUAAGAACUGAUUUCGAAAAUUACUUGUUGUAAAAAUACAACAAAGUAAAAUCUGCCUUAAAAGAAUUAACAAAUUCAUGCUCUUUUAUAUGAAAAUUUUUUGACUUUUUAUUUGUGUAUUGUAGUAC